AUGCCAGGAAAACGCAUCGCGCAGGUCGCAGAGCAGCUCUGCCGGCGCUGCACCGAGAACCAGGCCGUCCUCGUCGUGCGCAGAGACGCGCUCUGUCGGGACUGCUUCGUGAGAUAUGUCCACACAAAGGUCAUCAAGCACAUGGAGUCCUUCCGCGUCCGGCAUGCCGAUCCCAACCGUCAACGGAAGCUGUUACUCGCACUUUCCCUGGGCGCAUCAUCGGUGACUCUCCUGCACAUCCUGGACCACCUGCUCGAGACUCAAACCAGCAAAAGCGGCCGGACUGGAUUCGGACUCAGCGUGCUUUUCGUCGAGACUGCAGGCGACGCUUCUCACCAGGUCCGACUCUCCAAAGUGCGGCAAGCAUACCCAGACUACGACAUAGCAUCCCUGCCACUCCAUGAUGUUUUCCGCUUGGUCCCAGACCAAGAGAGCCUGUCUGGUCUGUUGCCUGGACUUGCGACUGUGCAAGAACUGUCUCCCGCGGACAAGCUUGCAAAGUUGUUUGGCUCACUCACCUCUGCUACAGCGCGUGCAGACGUUGCUGCCACGCUCAGGACAAGGCUCGUCGUGGAAUACGCCAGAUCGUCUGGUUGCGAGGUCGUGCUCUGGGGUGAUAGCACGACAAAACUCGCCGAGAAGACACUAGCUGAGACAGCCAAAGGACGCGGAUUUUCUCUUCCAUGGCAUGUGGCAGACGGCGAGACCCCCUUUGGUUUGGCUUUCAACUACCCCCUUCGAGACCUGCUCAAGAAGGAACUGGUCGCGUACGUGGAAAUAGUCGGCAGCCCCCUUCCCUCAUUAGUGCUUGACUCCGCGCCAACACAAGCUUCCAUGAGCUCCAAGAACACUACCAUCGACGACCUGAUGAAGCAAUACUUCGAAUCAGUCGAGGAGAACUUCCCCAGCAUCGUUUCGAACGUUGUCAGGACAACAGGGAAAUUGACAGCUACCUCGAAUACGAAUGAUGCAUCCGUUUGCGAUCUCUGCAGCAUGCCCGUAAGCGACGGCCGCUUUGGCAUCCACGGAUGGGGAGGCGAUCAGCAUGGUAUUGCUGACCCGGUUAGAGCAAGUAGCGGGAGGCGCCUGUGCUACGGCUGUACCCGCUCUAUCCCAUCUACUACUAAUCCUUCGAAUGUAGUUGCGUGA